CCCAUGUUCGACGUCAACCUGUUCCAAAGAGCUGUCACAAAACGUGAUUUUCACCAACGACCUUUUCAGCUCUCAAAAAUGGCGCAAAUCAACUGGCGAACUAUCGACGUCGAUGCGCUAGAUCCCGAAUCAUCCUCAAACUUCGAUCUUACCAGCUUGACGCCGGCGGUCCAACCUAUUGCGACGGCAGAUGUGCAGACAUUGGCUGGACAAGUGCGACAAUUACUACGCGGAGGUGAUGCGGAAGGAGCAUUGCGAGGAGCUUUGGAAAACCCAUCAUAUGGCGCCGACGAUGCAGGAAAGGCCAUACAUCUCCAAUUGGUGAUCGAAAUCUUGCAGUCGAUACGACAAGCUGAAAUGACACCAAUUCUUCAACGGAUAUAUCAAUCCGAAGGGGGCUCAGAAGUUUGCGAUACUCUUAUGAAAUAUUUGUACAAAGGCAUGGCUCAAGGUCCCCCUGCUGGGAGUGCCGCAAAGAGCGCGACCGCAUCAGCUGGAGGAUUCUCCCAGGCGGGUGGUAGAAGUUUUGGCGGCGCGGAGGGUGGUGGUCAAGCGAUGAGCGUCCUCCUCAGCUGGCAUGAGAAGCUUGUCGAAAUGGCCGGACCUGGCAGCAUUGUACGCGUGAUGUCUGAUCGGCGGACGGUGUGAAGCCAUGAUUGCUGCCGAGCAAAUUCGACCAUGCACUCCUAUGAACACGACCCCCGGCAGAUGCGGCGCGUAUAGCAUACUCUGCUUCACCCAUUUGUCACAGAACUUCUCGUCAUUGCGACCCAGCUGGUCUUUCACAAAACAAUCAGGGUCGCUCCCGAUCGUCUCUCUUGAGCCACAAGAUCUUACCAUGGUUGAUCGUGCUGACCACACUAUCGUACGACCCAAGUCGUCAGUCUCACAUUCAACGUCAACAUUCGUUGGGUCUUGUCCUCUUUGGAGCCACGAUACCUUGAAAUCUGCACUUUGAGCUUAAUGAGAAAUCUUCUCGAACGUGGGGUGUCUGUAACGAGCGAACAGUUUUUGAAUUGCUAUUCGACUGCAAUGCCUGCUCAAUUUGGGCGACGCAUUGUGACCCAUGACCCAUGAAUCGCUACCUAGCUCAGGCACGGCUCAAGCAAUUUCUCUCGACCGA